AUGGCAACGGAGAGAGACUGCAACCUGGGUUCCGGAAGUCUGAGAGCUGGAGCUUUGAAGCCACCCCGGUCAAAGGAUGCUGAGUCCGGAGCGCCUAGCCCUACCGGACUACGAGUAUCUGGCUCAGCGACAUGUCCUCACCUACAUGGAGGAUGCAGUGUGCCAGCUGCUAGAGAACAGGGAAGAUAUCAGCCAAUAUGGAAUUGCCAGGUUCUUCACUGAAUAUUUUAGUGUAAUGUGUCUAGGUUUACACCUUCUUUUUCUUAACUUGUCAUGCAUAUAAUUAUGUCUUCCUCAUUAGACUGUCAGCUUCAUGAGAGCAUUUUGGCGUAAUGUAAGAAGCAUAGGUGUUUUUGGUGAUUUGCUGACCAUGAAAGAAUAUCACUGUUUGCUGCAAUUACUGUGUCCUGAUUUCCCGCUGGAGCUCACUCAGAAAGCAGCCAGGAUUGUGCUCAUGGACGAUGCCAUGGACUGCUUGAUGUCUUUUUCAGAUUUCCUCUUUGCCUUCCAGAUCCAGUUUUACUACUCAGAAUUCCUGGACAGUGUGGCUGCCAUCUAUGAGGAUCUGCUGUCGGGCAAGAACCCCAACACAGUGAUCGUGCCGACGUCAUCCAGUGGGCAGCACCGCCAACGACCUGCCUUGGGCGAGGCCGGCAUGCUGGAGGGCGUGGAGGCGUCGCUGUUCUACCAGUGUCUGGAAAACCUGUGUGAUCGGCACAAGUACAGCUGCCCACCCCCAGCACUUGUCAAAGAGGCCCUCAGCAACGUUCAGAGACUGACCUUCUAUGGGUUCCUCAUGGCUCUCUCAAAGCACCAUGGAAUCAACCAAGCCCUCGGAGCUUUGCCUGACAAGGGGGAUCUGAUGCACGACCCAACAAUGGACGAGGAGCUGGAACGGCUGGUGGUGAGGUCGAAGCUGCACCGGACCUCACGGCAGCACAGAGCCAAGGAGCCAGGGGCCUUUGGCUUUCAGAGAAGAGAGAAGCAGGAGGCCCUGGAGAGAGUGUCCUCAGCUUCGGUACCGACGCCCUACCAUUACCGGUGGGAGCCCCGAGAGUGAGGCCAGGGUCCGGCACUGGGCAGGGAGGCAGGAUCCAGAGGACACUGCUUCACUCAGACCAACAGGGAGCAAGGCCCUGCGGGGGCUUUAUUUUGACACCACUUUGUUUCAAUACAAACAGUCCAGAAAGAAA